AUGAAGCGGCCUCUGAGCCCAUCCCCCUCAAGUGAGAAGGAGCCCCCCACGACUGCAGCAUCUGAGUGCCCCCCUCAUUCUCCAGAAUCCUCAAAGCCUAAGCGGGAAAGAAAACGACCUUCCUUCACUCUCUGCGAUGUCUGCAACAUCCAGCUGAACUCGGCUGCCCAGGCCCAGGUGCAUUGUGGGGGACGCGCCCACCAGCGGAGGCUUCGGCAGCUCAGCCUGGGCAAGACCUCCACGGGGCCAGCAGGCCCGGCCUCCAGCAGCAGCCCCAGCCCCCUGCUGGCCUCCCUGACCCUGCCCACCCGGCCUCUGCAACCCCCGCUGGACUUGAAGCACUUGCUUGCCUUCCACUUCAAUGGCACCACCCCGCUCAGUCUCUUCCCCAACUUCAGCACGAUGGACCCAGUCCAGAAAGCUGUCAUCAGCCACACAUUUGGGGUCCCCUCCCCUCUGAAGAAGAAGCUGUUUAUCUCCUGUAACAUCUGUCACCUGAGGUUCAACUCAGCGAACCAGGCUGAAGCUCAUUACAAGGGCCACAGACACGCCCGAAAACUUAAGGCUGUCGAAGCUGCCAAGAGCAAGCAAAGGCCUCGGAAUUUGACCCCAAAUGGGAUAGUGGUGUCUUCAGCCUCACCUCCAGCCAGUGGAAGCCCCAGAAACUCAGAGAGCAAAGAUCCUGCAUCCCCUCCUCUCGACCCUUCACUUCAGCUACCAACGACCCCAGACCCAAGAGUCAGAGAGCCAGCCCACUCAGACCUCUCGGAUGCUGCUGCUUCCUCUUCCUCAUCUUCCUCUUCCUGCCCACCCUGCUCCCCGGAUCCUGGCAGGGAAGCACCAGGGCCUGAGCCAGCAGAAGUGGCUGUGGGAAGUGGAGUGAAUGGGGAAGGCAGGGGCGAGAAGGGGCGCCUCUACUGCCCUACGUGUAAAGUGACAGUGAACUCUGCCUCUCAGCUUCAGGCUCACAACACAGGAGCGAAGCACCGAUGGAUGGUAGAGGGUCAUCAAGGGGCUCCCCGGAGAGGGCGGGGCCGUCCUGUGUCCCGGGGAGGGGCUGGACACAAGACAAAGAAAGUGACCGGAAAUCAUGGAGGCCGGCAGGGACCAAGCCCUUCUUUCCACUGUGCCCUCUGUCAGCUCCAGGUCAAUUCAGAGACCCAGCUCAAGCAGCAUAUGAGCAGCCGGAGGCACAAAGACCGUCUGGCUGGGAAGCCCCCCAAGUCCUCCAGCCAGCACAGCAAACUGCAGAAGCACACAGCGCUGGCUGUGAGUGUCCUCAAGUCUAAAUUGGCCUUGCAGAAGCAACUCACCAAGACACUGGCAGCCCGCUUCCUGCCCAGUCCGCUGCCCACUGCGGCUGCUGCUAUCUGUGCCCUGCCAGGACCCCUGGCCCUCCGGCCUGCUGCCACUGCAGCUGCUGCCCUCUUUCCAGCUCCUGUCCUGGGCCCAGCUCUGUUUCGCACUCCAGCAGGAACGGUCCGCCCUGCUGCAAGCCCCAUCCUUUUUGCUCCCUAUUAGGAGUCCCAAACACACCCUAGCUCUUCCUUCCAGACACUUGUCUCCACAUCCCACAGACACUGCCUUUUGCAGUUUCUGGGUUCCCACCUAACCUGGGGUAGCUGCUCUUCACUCAGACUGGGGUUUUUCCAGUCCCCCGGGUCUGAGGACCACCGUUGCCCUCCUUUCCUGGGCCAGUCCUGGGCUGCCCUGCAUCCAUGGCUCGACAAAUCCCAAAGAUCUAUGCAAAAUCACAGUCCUAGCCUCAUGGUGCUCUCAUACCCCCACCCCAACCGGACACUUAACACAGAGCUGACUCUACAUUUUAGCUCCCACAAGUCAGCCUCUCCUGCCAUGGUCUAGGGCCGCAUGGACAAUCACUAGAGCUAGGGAUCUCAAGCGGAAGUGGGUUGGAAUCUAUCAGGCAUGUUUACCAUGGGGUAGCCAGGUGUGGUGGUGCAUGCCUGUGGUCCUAGCACCUGGAUCAUGAGUUCAAAGUCAGACUGGGACAUAUAGUUAGACACUGUCU